CACCUGAGCCGUCAUGGCGUCCUCUGGGUGGGCUUGGUUUUGUAUCGCUGCUCUGCUGGGGUCUACAUCCUUUACGUCUGCGAAUGGUCGCCAUUUCAGUUUGGUGUCUCGAGGGACGAACCUCGACGGAUCACUCCCGGUCUACAAGGACCCCAACGCGCCCAUUGAGGACAGAGUGAAUGACCUACUGCCCCGCAUGACCCUCGAGGAGAAGGUCGCGCAGCUAAUACAAGGGGACCUGAAUGGCUGGAUGAACCUCACGGAUCCCCUCGACGACACCCUCACAUACAACGAGACCGGGCUGGAACUCAUGAUGGCCCAGAAGAGCGGCGCCAUCUGGGGCGGCUACCCCAUGCCGUGGGACAAGUUCGUCUACGGGAUCACGGUUGGGCAAAAGUACCUCAUGGAGAACACCACCCUCGGCAUCCCCGCAAUCGUCCAAUCCGAAGGGUUACACGGCUUCACGAACAACGGCACGAUCUGGCCGUCCCCGAUCGGCUUGGCGGCCUCGUUCAACACCGGCCUGCUGAGGCAGGCAGCCGCGACCAUCGCCGACGAAGCGGAGGGGCUGGGCGUCCACCAGAUCUUCGCGCCCGUGCUCGACCUCAGCCGCGAGCUCCGCUGGGGGCGCGUGGAGGAGAACUUUGGAGAAGACCCGUUCUUGACGGGCGAGAUGGGCUACGCGUUCGUGACCGGCCUGCAGUCCGGGCGGCGGCGCAACGCGAGCGCAACCGCCGUCGCGCGGAUGGCCGCGACGUGCAAACAUUUCGCCGCGUACGGGAGUCCACAGGGCGGAUUGAAUAUCGCCCAGGUGAGCGGAGGCGAGCGCGAGCUGCGGACGUCGUACCUCCGGCCGUUCAACCGUGCGUGCGUGGAGGCGCUGGGGAUCAUGACCGCGUACGCGAGCUACGACGGCGUCCCCGCCGUUGCGAACACGCACCUCCUAACGGACAUUCUCCGGGACGAGUGGGGCUACCAGUAUCUCGUCACCACCGACGCGGGUUCGGUCGACCUGCUGAUCACGACGCACGGCGUGUGCGAGACGCGCGCGUGCGCUGCGAAGCUCGCGCUCGAGAAUGGGAUACAGAUGGAGAUGGGCGGCGGGUCGUACACGUACCUCACGCUCCCAGAUCAAGUGAGUAACGGGACGGUGGACGUGUCGUAUAUCGACGAGACCGUCAAGACUAUCCUGCGCACCAAGUUCUCUCUCGGCCUCUUCGAGAACCCCUACCCGUACCCGGACUACCUCUCCACCCUGCGCACCCCCGAGACCCGCGCCCUCCUGCACCAGAUGGAGAGAGAGACGAUCGUGCUCCUCGAGAACCGCAACAACACCCUGCCGCUGAGCACCGCCCUCUCCUCGGUCGCCCUCAUCGGGCCCCAAGUCGCCCGCGUCUCCUUCGGCGACUACGUCUUCUUCAACGCCAGCAACAACGGCAUCUCCCCGCUCGCCGGCUUCACCCAGUUCCUCGCCAACACCUCCGUGCGCAUCAACUACGCCCAGGGCUGCGAGCUGUGGGCGGACGACCGCUCGGGCAUCCCGGCAGCGGUGGAGGCGGCGGCGAAGAGCGACGCGGCCGUCGUGAUGGUGGGCACGUGGAGUCUCGACCAGACGCGCCUGUGGGCGCCGGGCACGAACGCGACGACGGGCGAGCACGUGGACCUGGGCGACCUCGGCCUGGUGGGCGCGCAGCGCGCGCUGGUGCAGGCGGUCAAGGCCGCGGGGACGCCGACGGUGGUGGUGCUCGUGGGCGGGAAGCCCGUCGCGGAGCCGUGGAUCCAGGAACACGCGGACGCGGUGGUCCAGCAGUUCUACCCCGGCGAGCUGGGCGGGCUCGCGCUCGCCGAGGUCGUGUUCGGCGCGGUCAGCCCGUCGGGCAAGCUCCCGGUAUCCUUCCCGCGGAGCGUGGGCACCACGCCCGUGUUCUACGACUACCUCAAGGGGAGCAGGCCCGUCGACGCGGGGAUGGUCACGGAUAACGGGACGCUCGUGUUCGGGCACCAGUAUGUGCUGGACUCGCCCGUGCCGCUGUGGAGUUUCGGGCACGGGCUGAGUUAUACGACGUUUAACUACUCGGACCUCGAGUUGUCCAGCCCCACGAUCGGCGCAUCGGAGAACUUCACCGUAUCGGUGACGGUGGCGAACACGGGAGAUAUGGACGGGCAGGAGGUCGUGCAGGUGUACGUGACGGACCUCUUCAGCACGGUCGUGACGCCGAACCAGGUGCUCGUCGGGUUCGCGAAGGUGGACGUUGCCGCGGGCGCCGCGCAGCGCGUCGCGAUCCCCGUGGACGCGUCCCAGCUCGCGCUGUGGGGCCUCGCGAACGCGUGGGUCGUCGAGCCCGGCGCGUUCGCGGUGAAGGUCGGCACGAGCGACGAGGUGUAUCUGGACGCGACGCUGGAGGUGGUGUGAUCGGGCUGCGGGGGAUCCUAUGUGCGUGGGUCUAGGUGGCCCCUCACGUCUGUUGAGUGGGGAGUGUGGUGGUGAGUGCGCUGCAGGGAAAAGAGCGUACUCGGUGGUGGACAUCCGAAUCUGGGCCGUCUGCCGUCCACCUUUGAACUUGAAUUCAUGGAGAAACUUCGACAGACUCAUAUGUAUGCACGCUUAAGGGACUGCCUCGGACUGAUUGAAGAUAGACGAAGGAUAAAUUGAGCAGAAGAGAUACAAGCACAUCAUACAUCGUACACCCUACGUCAUACGUCAUCACUUGCGGUGCGCGACGACACGCCCGCCGAG